UUGCUCUUUUUAAUUUAUUUAUAUAAUUAUGUGUAUUUUCCUGAAGACUGUCCCAGGAAAUUUAAAUUAUGUGUAGUUCGCUUUUGCUUCCCAAAUAUGUUCUUCUCUUUUGUAAAAAUUCUCCCCCUUUUUUUUUCAUUUUGUGCGGGGGUUGUUUGCGUGAUUGAAUUUCCGAACGUAAAUACAUGCGUACUGAAUGAUUAAGAUGGUUCCAGUCUCCAGAUGCUUCUUUUCUCUUCUCUGAUUAGGUCUGAAAAUCUCUCACCUAACCCCUAACGUUCUUAUUUUUAUGCUUUUUAUUUAUUUAUAAUCAAAUGUAAACGCUCUUGUUUCUUCUGAUUUCAAAUCCAAAAAACUAAAACAGCUUCUAAAAUAAAGGUUUUAACAAUUUUCUUUCUAGAUUUUGGUCCUGCUCCGUCGUUCCUCUUUUCCAAAUUUCCUUUUGUGGGAUCAAGGAAAUUGUGAAGGUGGUGGGUGGGAAAGAAGAGAGGAGAGAAAUGGAGGAAGCAAUGGCGGCAAGAUAUUGGUGUCACAGAUGCUCUCAAACGGUGAAUCCUAUCGUGGAAGUUGAGAUCAAAUGCCCCUUUUGCCAAACCGGAUUCAUUGAGGAAAUGAGUAACACCACCACCGCGGCCAAUCAAGUCACUGAUAUCGACACUGACACCGAUUUCGGAUCUGACCGGGCCCUUUCACUCUGGGCAUCUAUCUUGCUCGGCAUGAUGGGCAAUCCUCCACGUCAUCGCCGCAGAAGAUUCAGACGCCUGGACUUUGAGUUGGGGCAUGAAGAUGAAGAUGAAGAUAAUGAUGACAAUGGUGAUGAAGGCCGCAGGGGAGGAGAGACUGAAUUGGAUCGUGAGCUUGAAUCCAUCAUUAGGAGGAGGAGGCGAAGCUCAGCUACUAUACUACAAUUGCUUCAAGGGAUUCGAGCUGGAAUGGCAUCUGAAUUGACCGAAAAUUUUGAGGGUGAUAGGGAUAGAGAGAUGGAUAGAGAAAGAGAGCGCCUAGUUUUGAUCAAUCCUUUCAAUCAGACUAUCAUCGUUCAGGGAUCUAAUGAUUCGAGCAGGGGUCAAAGCGAGAACCAGAGCCCCAUUGGAUCUUUAGGCGACUAUUUCAUUGGGCCUGGUUUGGAUUUAGUGCUACAGCAUUUGGCUGAGAAUGAUCCAAAUAGAUACGGGACUCCACCUGCGGAAAGGGAGGCGAUUGAAGCAUUGCCUACUGUGAUGGUCGAGGAGAAUUUGCAGUGUCCAGUGUGUUUGGAUGAGUUUGAGGUUGGUUCUAAAGCAAAGGAGAUGCCAUGCAAGCAUAAGUUUCAUAGUGGGUGUAUUCUGCCAUGGCUGCAACUUCAUAGUUCUUGUCCAGUCUGCAGGUAUCAGUUGCCUGCGGAUGAGACCAAGCGUGAUUCAGAUGGGUCUAGGAACAGCAGUAGUCAAAGGGAGAGGGAGAAUGAUCAUGGCAUUGGUGAAGAGGGAGAUGGGAGAAGUGCUAGUGGGAGAAGGUUUUCAAUUCCAUGGCCUUUUAAUGGUCUGUUUUCUUCUUCUGGUGGGGGGAAUUCUUCUUCUACCUCCUCAUCUUCGUCAGCUAAUGCCACCGGAGGUGGAAAUGCUUCUUAUCAAACAGAUGAGAAUUGAGUAUAUUUUCUAAUCAGUUGUUACAUCAGGUUCUUGUUCUCACUGCCGCUUGAAUGUUCUGCAUUGCUUAUGUACAUAGUUCUUUCUGCAUCCAAAUCUUGGAAGAACAAUUUUUGCUGUCAUUGCUCUUUGUUUUUGUACAUCUUUUGCCAUCUUACAAGAAUUUCUAGUGCUCCUUUUUGACCUAGAAUUAUUCAAAUAUGACGGUAAUUGUUGGAAGGA